AUGGAUACAAUUGAUGAAAUAAAAGAUGUGCUUCAUGAAUCUCGUUAUAUAAACAAUGGUUUAUCGUAUAUGGAAAGUUUUUCAUUGACACACGCUGCACAGGCAAUUAGAUUUACCUUAAUUAAAAUGGUUCUACGAAUGAGUAAGAUUAAACAACUAGAAAUUUUAGAUGGCUCACCAUUGUAUCCAUUCU